AUGAAAAAAGGCCUGUCAGACGUCCAUCGACACCCACCCCGUCCGCGCGCCCGAAGGCAAGACCGCAAACGGGGACGAGAUCAUCACCGCUCUCUAUACAGCCAAUCACGAGGAAAGGCCGCCUUCUUCGCAGAAGGGACGAGAGCAACCAAGAGUUCUUCACUCUAG